AAUAUGGCUGCAGGAGUAGAGGAUAAGGAAAGAGACCGAACACUGACACACCACAGCACCAAAGCUCCUCGCUCCUCCACGGCCAUGGCCACCGCCGUCGUCGCCUUCCGCUCUUUCCUUCACCCCACCGCGACUGCCGCCGCCAUCCCACUCCCUCCUUCUCACUUCAAUCUCAACAACUUCCAGGGACACUGCAUCGGGCUCCGCCUCUUCUCCUCCCACCGUAGCCACCCCAUUCUCCUGCCCGCCUCCGCCUCCGCCGCUUCCGGCCAAGAGUUCUCUUCUGACGGAGAGUAUUACUCUGAGGAGUACGUGGAGGAAGAGGGCGAGGAGGCAGAGCCCGAGGUCGAGGCAGUUCGCGGUUACUAUCCUCCGAGAAACCGGCCGGCACUUGGACAAGAGCCCGGGCGAAUCUACGUCGGCAACCUGCCCUACACCUUCACCGCCGCUGAGCUCACUGCAGCGUUCUCCGAGGCCGGCAGCGUCGACGAUGUCCAGAUAAUCUAUGACAAAAUCACCGACCGGAGCCGCGGCUUCGCCUUUGUCACCAUGGCCACCGCCGAGGAGGCUGCCAAGGCCGUCCAGAUGUUCAACGGAGCCCUGCUGGGAGGGAGGACAGUCAGGGUGAAUUUCCCGGAAGUGCCGCGAGGAGGAGAAAGGGCAGUGGCAUCGGCAGCGGUUGCAAGGACUAGCUUGCGUGUUGUUGACGAUGGGACAUACAAGGUUUACGCCGGCAACCUGGGUUGGGGUGUGCGGGCUGACGCACUCAAGACGGCAUUUGAAGGGCAGCCUGGCUUGGUUGGUGCCAGGGUAAUCUUCGAGCGUGACACCGGUCGUUCGAGGGGGUUUGGCUUUGUCUCCUUCCACACCAUACAAGAUGCAAAGGCUGCCUUGCAGGCCAUGGACGGAGUGGAACUGGAUGGGAGGCCACUCCGACUUAGUCUGGCAGCACAGAACCCUCCAGCUGGAUCAACUCCUAGCACAGCGCAGUCACAGCAAGAAAAAACAGCCUCACGUGGAUCUGAGGCUGAGCCACAGGUCGACAAUAACACUAGUACUUCAGGACAAUUUGGAGGCGAGAUGGAAAAGAGCAACUUACAGGCAACUGCCAGCUAUUAGUAAAAACUAAUAGACAGGUAGAGAUGAUUCAGUUGUAAGCUUGGGGCACCGGUUCACAAAAUUCUGCCGUUCGAAUUCAAGAUGUGCUGGUCUGAGCGAAAAUUUUGACGCAAAAGUGGGUUCCAGCUACGCACAUUAGAUUAUUAUUAGACUCUUGUAAUAUAUGUUGCAGAAAUAUCUGGAUCCAAAGUGCUUCAUGAAAACAUGUUGAAUUCAGUAGAGAUGUUUUGUAUAUUGUACUGUAUAAUAUAGAGUACUAGAUUGACUAA